UAUUUCUUUUUUAUGCGAUGAUAGUACUAACAUAACACGACAACAACAGUCGGUGGAUUUCUGGGGAGAGUGAAACAACACGGAACAAACUCCCAAAACAUUGAAGACAUCUCAUGUACAGGGCUCAUAGUCCGAUAUCCAACUGCCAUGUUUUCCUACCAUCUUGCAGCCCUUGGCCUGAUGCCGUCGUUUCAGAUGGAAGGGCAAGGAAGAGUGAACCAGCUGGGAGGAGUGUUUAUUAACGGCAGACCCCUUCCGAACCACAUUCGUCUGAAAAUAGUAGAAUUAGCGGCCCAAGGUGUACGGCCUUGUGUCAUAAGCAGGCAGUUACGAGUGUCACAUGGCUGUGUGAGCAAAAUUCUACAGAGAUAUCAGGAAACAGGAAGCAUCCGCCCCGGCGUCAUCGGAGGAAGCAAACCCCGGGUAGCCACCCCGGAAGUAGAGAAAAAAAUCGAGCAGUACAAACGUGAAAAUCCCGGAAUAUUCAGCUGGGAAAUUAGAGACCGGUUGUUAAAGGAGGGUAUUUGUGACAGAUCGUCCGUCCCGAGUGUGAGUUCCAUUAGCAGAGUUCUAAGAAGCAAGUUUCAAAAUGUCGGCAGCGACUCUGAAGACGAAGAGCCCAGGCCAAGCGAUGACAUCAGCGUAAACGACAAUGAAAAAUCUAGCAAGUACAGCAUUGACGGGUUGUUGGCAGACGACAAAAGCGAAAAGUCGGAGGACGAAGAAUCUGAUUGCGACUCUGAACCCGGACUAUCUGUCAAAAGGAAGCAAAGGCGCAGUCGGACUACUUUCACGGCGGAACAAUUGGAAGAGCUAGAACGGGCAUUUGAAAGGACACACUAUCCGGAUAUAUAUACGAGAGAAGAAUUAGCACAGAGAACAAAAUUGACCGAGGCUCGAGUCCAAGUCUGGUUCAGUAAUAGAAGAGCUAGAUGGCGGAAACAAAUGGGAAGUAACCAGAUUUCAGCCCUAAACAGCAUUCUCCAUCUGCCACAAGGGGGCGCUUCUUCCUACCUUCUACACGAGACCACUCCCAGUUACCCUCUUCCUUCAGUCUCAGACACACUUUGGCAUCGGAACUCCAUGACGCAUCAUCUCCAGAAUUUCAGUUCCCUGAAAACCAACGACAGUGCUUACGCCGGCUUGAUGGAGAAUUACUUGUCCCACGCCUCUCAGAUGCACAACUUAACAAAUCCUACCGACUCCCUGGCGAGCAAUUGGUGUUCACCUGUGACGUCAUCAGUAUCCGCUCUUGCUUAUCAAACAACCACCAAUCAUUUCAACCCCCAUGGGUAUGGAGAUGUCACCAAAUCUACACUUCAUCCAUACAAUUCUCAUAUAGCUUCUGUUUCCAGUGCUGAGAGAUGUGCUAUUGACGAAAGUCUGGUGACGUUGCGAAUGAAGUCUCGCGAACAUUCAGCAGCUCUGAGUUUAAUGCAGGUGACGGAUAAUAAAAUGUCGGCGUCAUUUUAACCAUCCCUAGUUCUUCAACAGCAGGACAGACCUUCCGUCCGAGUACCAGAGAGAGAGAGAGAGAGAGAGAGAGAGUGGGCGUUUAUCUUAAUGUAAUCAUUAACUUCACUUACCCUGGGCAAACCAUGAACAUUGAUGUUUGGAUGUCAUUUAAUUAAGCUUUUAUAUCUAUGUCCAUGUAACUAACACUAGAAAACUAGUUUUAUGUUUGUUUUAUUUGAAUUGCCUAGAUAAAUAAAUGACAAAAAGUUUUACCUACUUUGUAUCAUUUCUUAAUGUAUGACCUUAUAAAAUGUGUAUUGAUGAGUAAAA